AUGUCCCGCCGUCUCCUCAUCUUCCAAGAAGGUCGCAACCCGCAAAACCCGGCCGAGCAGGUCUAUCUGCCCGUCAACAAACUGGGUCUUCCCAUCUGCGGCGAUGGGCCUGAUCUGCCGUCGAUUCUGGAACUGCCAUUGCGCACUCUGAGGGUGUUUACGGAGAUUUUCAAUCAGCCCAAGUAUAAGGGGUGGGCCAUUCUAUCGGCAGGACCGUAUCAUGAUACCUCGGAAGAGGGCAAAUACUAUGCGGUCGUCUUAGAGCAGGUGCGGGAACAGCCUGUCCUUCAGACGACGACGCAGGAUGCGAUGGCGGCGAGGUUUAUGGGGAGUCCUUAG